GUAUUUUACUAUUACCAUUUCUCGUAUAUUUUACCCUAGUUAUUCUUGUACUAUUUUUGCAUUCAACAUGUCAAAAACCAAUGACGUUUGUGUAGAUCAUAAAGGGAUAGAAAUGCCCAUAGGGACUCUUCUACAACUUAUCCCAGAUUUCGAUACAAAAAAUAACAACGACAUAUACAGGUACAUACGGUCGUGUGACGCUGCAUUUAACCUAGCGACUAUCACCCAACAACCGACAGUACUAGUUUUUGCCCUAAAUAAAAUAACUGGUCCUUAUUCUGCAGACGUACAUGCCAGACAAUUUCUUAACUGGGCGGAAUUAAAAACAUUUCUAAUCCAAAUAAUUUCGCAAACAAAAACUCUCGCGCACCUAAACUUAGAACAACAAUCAAUGUUCCAAAAACAUAACGAGUCGAUUACAGAAUACUAUCACAGGGUAGAGCUCUGUAGAAGUAAAAUAAUAGAAAAACUAAACGCGGAAAUCUUAAAUAAUACUUUACUGGGUCGCCUUGCAACUACUGAGGAGAACGCACUAAAUGUCUUUAUAAACGGGAUUAGUUCAGAUAUCAGAACGAUGUUAAGGUCUAAAGGGUUUAACAAUCUGUCUGAGUCAGGGCGUUUCACCUUACAUAAAGAUAAAAUCAGAGCCAUGAAUAACGCUCGUCAAGCGCUAUUUAGAACAAACUCCCCACGUCUCUCAAUUGUACCACAUAAGCCCCCGGUCUCUACAAACCUUCCCUCUCGACGUCCCAUGAUACAUCCUCCGCAUAGACCACUAAACAAUCAUUUAAACCCAACACACGAAAACACUAAGAUAUGCAAUUAUUGUAAACACCCAGGACACGUCAUAAGCGAAUGUCGCAAACGAGCUUACAACAAUAAUCUUAGAAACAAAAACCAACUCGCUCAACCGACACCAUCCACUAAUGUUAAACUGGUCGGCGACCAACGAGGUGGACAACUCGUCGGGAAUCGCUUCCUGCCCAGAGACAUCCGAAUUGAUCGAAAACUUAAACGACCUCCAACUCUAGAAUAUCAAGGAAACAACAUGUUAAAACAAAGUGCAUCUCUAGAUAAUAAAACAGUCAAUCGGAGACAAUUUAGAGAUGUAUGCGUUCAAACUGAAGAACAUACCCAAACAAUUAGUUUUAACGAAACCUACGAGCAGGGUAGCCAGCCCCAAAAUCUCGGUUUCCUCACAAAAUCUUCUAUAUCCAAUGAACCUUCUAACCCUACUAAUUCUACUAAAUCAAGCGAACAUUCUAAAUCAAUUCAAUCAUCGAAGCAUAUUACAAAAUCCUUUCCAAACCCUUUAAAGGAAACCUACGAACAGGGUAACCAGCCCCAAAUUCGGUUUCUCCACAGAAUCUACUAUUUCCACCGAAUCUCCUAA